UUUUACUCCAGACUCACUGAUACUCACAAGUGUCAUCUGUAAACUCGCGAGUGUUUAAAAAUAAUGGAAGAGAAGAUUGGCUCGUUAGAAGAAGAAGCUUUAAAGAGAAAAGAGCGGCUUCAGGCGCUCAAGAGGAAGAAUGAAGAAGGCAAGGAAAAUUCGAGCAAUAUGAUUGAAAAUUUACCGAAGCCAAAAUUCCGGAGUUAUAAACCGCAGGAUGAAAGUUUGAAGAAUAAUAUGGUAGAGGAUGCGAAACCUGGUGAUGUGGAAUCCGUAGUUCAAGAACAAUUGGACGCUGCGAAGAGUAAAGUGGUUAUCGAAGAACUGGAUAUCAGUAAUCUAGCACCAAGAAAACCUGAUUGGGAUCUCAAACGGGAUAUAGCCAAAAAAUUAGAGAUAUUAGAAAGGAGAACGCAGAAAGCGAUAGCAGAAGAAGUGAGAGCACGUCUCAAGCAAGGCCAACAAAAUCUAGCAGCUUAUGUAAAUAAUUCCGACAAAGGAUAAUAAUAUUGUUAUUAAAACCAUUUUGUAAUAUAAAUUAUAUAUUUUUUUAUUUAUAGAAUAUAUAUUUUCAACAUUAUUUAACAUUUCUUUAUCUCUUCAUUAUUUUUUAUUUGUAACAUAUAGAGUAUAUAAAUAACUUAUGACUCUUUAUGAAAUAAACAUUUUUGUUCUCUUUCUCUCCUCUCUCUUCUCUUUCUUGUUUAAACUCGUUCAUACAGAGAAUGACAAAUUCAUUUAUUUUAGUAUCUAAGUUUAA